AUGUUAUUGAUGCUUCAGAAUAUCCAGCAGAACCAAAAUUUGUAUAAUCGGAGGUGGGAAGCAUUGAUUCAAGUGAUGUCGGCAAGAAGUAGAAAUCAAUUUAUCAAGGAAAAAGGCUUGCUUGAGCCUUUCGCAAGUCUUCCAAAGUUGUUCCCCGGCCAUCCAUGGGUGCAGCCACCGCACGUCGAAGGGGUCAACAUUGACGUGGGGGGUUAUCAAGUCGGUGAUAACCCACCUCCGGGACUGGUGCCAGCUAAUCAAGAUGAGUUUGGUGUCAUGAAGGGGCUAGACGUGGUUGAUCUUCGGAGUCGACUUAGAGCGAUAUUUUGGUUUUACCAUGAUGUUCGUCUGUCGAUCCCGACCAAUGCCAUGGCAUGGAGGUGCAUUCAGGGUUUAAAAUCCCUUGAGAUGUUUCUACUUCACCCUUGA